AUGCCUCCAAUCCGCCUCGCAACAGCAUCCCCCGCAACAGCAGCAACAACAUCCCAAACCCUCUCCGACAUCUCCACCCUCGCCUCCCGCGCCUCCACCUCCGGCGCAGACCUCCUCCUCCUGCCCGAAGCCUACCUCGGAGCAGGUUACCCCCGCGGCGCCUCCUUCGGCUCCAAAAUCGGCUCCCGCGCCCCCGAGGGCCGCGACGAGUUCCUCGCCUACUUCAACGCCGCCGUCGACCUCGGCGACACCGUCGGCGACGCGGGCGCCGGCGGCGGCGACAAGUGGGUGAAGAAACAGCUCCCCGCGCAGCAUGCCGGCGCCAAAGUCGAAAGAGGCGACGGCUCGAGAGAGGAGCUGGAAAAGAUUGCCGCGCAAACGGGCGUCUUCUUGGUCGUCGGGUGCAUUGAGCGCGCCGGCGGGAGCUUAUACUGCUCCGUCGUCUACGUGUGCCCUAAGCUGGGUAUGAUUGGGAAGAGACGCAAAGUGAUGCCCACCGCAACAGAACGCCUCAUCUGGGCGCAAGGCUCCCCCUCAACCCUCCGCGCCGUCUCAACAACAAUCAAAGGCGUCCGCAUCAACCUCGCUGCCGCAAUCUGCUGGGAGAGCUACAUGCCCCUCCUCCGCCAAUCCCUCUACGCCCAAAACAUCAACCUCUACCUCGCCCCUACCGCAGACGGCCGCGACACUUGGCUGCCCCUCAUGCGCACCGUCGCCUGCGAGGGCCGCUGCUUCGUCGUCUCGUCCAACAUGGCCGCCAGGCCCCUUACCGUCGCGUCCUCGUCAGCAGCAACAACAACGGCAGCAGCAGUAGACAACGACAGCGGCAUCGAAGACGCCCCAGACGCCCAAAUCUAUCCCACUCGCGCCCGCCGCAACUCAUGCCUCACAGAAGACGGCAACGAAAUCGCCCCUCCCGGCACCAGCAACGGCACGAACAAGACAACAAAGGUCACGACCUCGUCGAAACCGGCCCUCGAAUCAAAAGACUGGGUCUCCCGCGGCGGCUCCUCCAUCGUCGGCCCCUUUGGCGACGUCCUCGCCGGACCGCAGUGGGAGGACGACGAGGGCAUCAUCUACGCCGACGUCGACUUUGAAGACUGCAUUCGCGGACGCUUGGACAUUGACGUCGGGGGAAGCUACUCGCGCAACGACUCCUUCAAGUUUUCCGUCGAGGGGUUGGACCUGGAUCCCCUGCCGUAUUAA